AUCUUUCUUGAUAGCCACGCAACAAAGAAACGAUGUCGAAGAAGAUGAUCGUGCUGAAAAGCUCCGACGGUGAAUCGUUUGUGGUCGAGGAAGCGGUCGCACGUCAGUCGAAGAUCAUAUCGUUUCUUGUUGAAGAAUUACCCGAUCAAGAAUUACGGUUUACGAACCUGACAAGCGAGAUCCUCCUGAAAGUGAUCGAGUACUGCAAGAAGCAUGCGGUGGAAGACGGUAGUGGUGAUUCUUCUUCGUCCUCCUCCGAUGAUCUCAAGAAGUGGGACGUGAAGUUCGUCGGGGAAAUUGAUCAGCCCACGCUCAUGGAUCUCAUCAUGGCUGCGAAUUACCUACACAUCCCGAGCCUGCUUGAUGUCACGUGCCAGAAAGUUGCCGAUAUGAUCGCUGCAUGCGAAGACGAGAAAAAGAUUCGAUCGACGUUCAACAUCGAGAACGACUUUACGGAAGAGGAAGUAGAAGCGAUUCGCAUGGAGAAUCAAUACCCUAACUAGUUUCUUUUAUGUUCUUUGUUUGGUUUUUGUGUCUUCGAAUCUCUAGAUACGAUGACUAUCGUUGAUUUCGUGUUCAAGAAGGGCUUAUGCUUAAGAAAUGUAAGAGCAAUUCUUGAUUAUAUGCUAAGCUCUACAAA